AUGAUAAAUCCUAGCGAUCCUGACGUUCUCCAAGCUCUGCAAAUGGACUACAACGCAUGUUUCGAUCUUCUAGGCCCAGAGAGGACUCGGCUUCUUUCUCGAAAGGGUGGCAUGGAAUGUCUUGCCACGUCCACGGACCUGAGCACUAUGCGGCACUUGUUUGCCGUGCUGGAGCACCACCCCUUUCUUUUUUCGCACCAUACUGACUCUGUCACUCUGGCACUUGAAUCUGUGGAGAGCUUGGUAAGAACUGGGAUUCAAUGGAUCACCCACGCCCUGCGGCCACUUACAUGUACCGAAUUGGCGACAGCACUUGAGACGGAGGCAGGCGACGCCGUUGGUGACCUGUUUGGCACAAUCACCAUCGCAGAAUUCGAAAGUCUAUUGUGCGGCCUUGUUGAGAUUGAAGGCGGCACCGUUUACCUGGCCAAUCCCCUGCUUACUCAGCAUGUUCUCCAACAGAUGCCUGGUGAUAAAAAGGACUCGUCGCAUUUUCUCGACCUCGGGCCUGCUCAUUGUCCAGACAUUGCCCUCAUUUGCCGCAGAUACAUCUCCAACACUACCGGAGUGGGCAGCCCGGACAAACAUCAGACGAGUCGCCGCACGAGUCAGCUCAGCAUCAUCCAGAUCCGAGACCGACUGCAUGUUGAACCUGCCGAGGCCGUCAGCCUCGCACUGCAUGCAUCUGAUAUUGAAUGCGCAUCCGACCAGGGGAAAUAUUCAUCCACGGCGGCCUUGGCUGCGUGUCAGAUGGGAAGCGCCAGCACUCUACACCAACUUGAUCAAUGCGGCGACUUUGGCGACGAGUGUACCCUGAAGAGAGCUUUCCAGAUUGGGUCCGACUUUUCCUUGUGCAUACUAGCAGAGAGGCACAGCGAGUUCGUCAAGAAGAAUGUGCACGAGAUUCUUCAGGACGCAGCACGGCUUGGAAAUUCCGGCCUGAUAAUGCACUUGAUGAACAAGCCCGAUUUAUGGGCCAAAUCUGACUGUGGACAGUAUCAUCGAUCUUUCCUACACGUCAUUGCAGCACUGGGGGGUUCGCUUCCACCGCAGGCAUUAUGGAAGCAACAGGAGCAAUACAUCAGCCACACCUCCGAGCAAUAUCAAGAGAGAACUUCUCUCCACCUUGCUUCCAUGUCCGGCCAAGCGUGUCUAGUGUCCAAAAUGCUGUCCAAGCUUGACGAGUCUGAAGAAGCCAAGGCGGCGCUCAACAUGGGCGACUCGACGGGCGCCACGCCGUUACUCCUCGCCAGCCAGCGCGGACGAUUCACCAUAGUGCGGCAGCUUCUCACUGCGGGCGCCGAUCACUCUGUGUGCCACAACGAGAAGCAAAGCCCGCUACAUGUGGCCUGUCGCAACGGCCGUUGGGACAUUGUCGAGACGCUUCUUGUCUCGGGGGCAGCGCCGAAUGCCAAGGACAGCACCGACAGAAGUCCGUUGCAUCUGGCUUUGGGGAACAAUCACCUCGAAAUCGCCAUGAUGCUUCUUGGAGACACCACAUCUUCUCUGGUUCAUGAGAGAGAGGUUGAUGUGGAUUCUCCCGCAUCCGACGGCUCAACUGCGCUCAUUAUUGCGACCAAAGGUAAUCAUCUGAACAUGGUCCGACUUCUCGUCGGUCGCGGUGCCAAUGUAAUAUGGCGUGAGGGACACAACCGAGACGCUCUGCAGUAUGCGGCACAGUACGGCCACGACCAAGUUUUGCGCCAGCUCCUGGAGGCGGGGAAUGUGAUGGGCGGCGACUACAUGUACCGAGCGGAUCUCUCCCUUCUCUCGCUCUCGGCUCUUGCGGGCCAUGUCCAGGUCACCAAGAUGCCGUGGACAGGGGCUUCAGGGACACGGAUGCGCUGGUGGUGGCUUGCCACCAGUCUGAAUGCUGGCUACUCGAAUGCUGCCAGGUACAAAAAGUUCGACACGGUCAAGACACUGCUCGAGGCCGGCGCAGACAUAAACGCCAAGUCCAAACAAGGCCUCACGGCAUUACACCACGGUGCCUACAGCUCCAACCCGAGAUUGGUGCAGCUUCUCGUCAGCAGACGUGCCAAGCUUGAUGUGAGAGACAUGACCGAGAGCACUCCCCUUCACUAUGCCGCAAGACGGUGCUCCGUAGAAUCUCUCGAGAUACUGGUCGAGGCCGGGGCCAGCCUAAAUAUCGAGGACGACAAGGGGGACACUCCGCUCUACCUGGCUGCCACAGCCGGCAGCGAGGACGGCGUGGGCAUCUUGCUUGCCGCCAAAUCAUGUUUCACCGUGCCGCCGCGCGUUUCCAGCCAGUAUCCCACAUUCCUCGAGCUGGCGCUGGCCACUUUCAAACUGGACGUGUUCCGGCCAGUUGUGAAGUACGUCACCGACACCUCGGGGCCAGGGCUCUGCGUGUCUCCCGAAGCGUUGUUCGGGUUCCUGCAUGAGCAGAAGGAGAAGGGCCGGGACACGGAAAAGGUGCGGAUUCUGCUCGAAUACGGCAUGGACCCGAAUCAGAAACUCGGCGAGUACGGUUCGAUGCUUCAUUACGCCGCUCUCUGGGGUUGGCUGGGGCUCGCAAAGCUGCUGUGCGAGUCUGACAAGAUAGACGUGGACCUUGUCAAGGAGGAAUACGGGACUCCGCUUCAGAUUGCUGCUGAGAGAGGCAACGAGGAGGGUCCGAAAAUGGUCGAGCUGCUUCUCAGCCGCGGCGGCUGCCAUGCCGUCACGCCGCCACUUGGGCCUUGGGGCCGUCGACGACAGGUACAUGGCCAUGGCCAAUAUAAUUCUGGAUCACGACGACACCACUCUCAACAUGCACGCCGGCGUUCACGGGACGCCUUUGCAAUUUGCACUCCACUUCAGAAACAUCCAGAUGCAGUGCGAGACUGCGACGUCGACGGCUGGACCCCGCUGCACUGGGCAUGUCGCAGCCGAACGCGAGGAGCCUCCGAGGCUGGACCCCCCUACGACGUCGCUCUGUACCACGGCGACCGUCUUACUAGUGACGAGGACAUGAGAAAUCGUCUCAGGCCCAACGGCCAGCAGCCGCCGUUGCAGCCUGCGGCCGACAUCGCGGCCGACGAGGAGGCUACCCGACCGCUAAAGCCAGAAACAGCGUCAUUAAGCCCGGCACGUGAAGUCAUGUGUAAUGCCUGCAUGUGUGUGAUAUAUGGGCCAGUAUACGAGUGUACGAAAUGCAUCGAGUUCCGCAUGUGCUUCAAAUGCUUCCGUCGCGUGGUGAAGAUGCACUUCCGUGGCCACCCAUUCAGGAAGAUUACAUGCUCUGGUGAGAAACUCGAGAUAGAUCCGUGGGUUUAA